AUGCAUCUCAUCACGAUAGUCGUCGCUGCGCUCACCGCAGGCCGCCUCAUGUGGGCCAUGCCUACCCCUGAGAGCGACCCAGAGAUGCUCAGGGCCCGCGCGACUUUCUGUGAGAAGAUGAACCCGCCUCCGUCCGAAGAGGAGACGGCGACGAGGUUCGCCGAAUUUGCCGAUGCCUUUAUUUUCGAGAAGGACAUCGACGCUGCGUUCAGCUACAUUGCGCCCGAGUACAUUAACCACAACCCGGCUGCCCAAAAUGGCGCCCAGUUCGUCUAUGACCUCCUGAAGCCCUUCUGGGCAAGCCAGAAUAUUACCGUGCUCGGGACGCUAUACAGGCACCCCCAGGGCUGGCUCAACUACCGCUCCGCAUUCGGCACCAUCGUGGACCGGUACAGAUGGGACGGUGGUUGCAUCGUUGAGCAUUGGGAUUCCGGGGAGCAGAUGCCCACCGAUGUGACGCCCGGCGAAAUCCUCGAGAUUGACGACGAGUGA